AUGGCCCCUGUUCCGUUCAUCGGGCGUUUACACAUACACGAAUACCUGGCCCUUGGCGCUUCCUUCCUACUGCUAUUCCUCGAAGUCUUCGUCCGAACGGUUACACUCCUCCUACCUUCGCCGGUAAUACGGGUCCUCUACCACAUCAGCAGGAAUGCAUUCAACGGUCUCUCUUCGCCCUACUCGCGACGGGCCCGGAAUAGGAAGAAGGCUGUUUCGAGCCCAAUAGCGCAGGCACAUGACUUUGUUGAACUGUGCGAGCUGUAUGGAUACUACGCGGAAGAGCAUGUUGUACAGACAAAGGAUGGUUACCUUCUGGGAGUCCAUCGCCUUGCCUGGCGAAGAGGAGAAGAGGGCCAGAGCGUGAAUGCCGGACCUGGAAGCAUUGAGAAGAAGGUGGUCUACUUGCAUCACGGUCUGAUGAUGAAUAGCGAGGUCUGGGUCUGCAUCACGGAGAAAGAGCGAUGCUUACCGUUCAUGCUGGUCGAUCAAGGCUAUGAUGUCUGGCUGGGCAACAAUCGCGGGAAUAAAUACAGCAAGAAGUGUUUGCAUCACGGGCCAACUGAUCACCAAUUCUGGAACUUCAGUAUGGACCAAUUUGCAUUUCAUGACAUUCCGGACAGCAUCAACUACAUUCUGAGCACGACACAUCAGCCAAGCCUCUCUUACAUCGGCUUCAGCCAGGGAACAGCGCAAGCGUUCGCAACCCUCUCGAUCCAUCCAACGCUCAACUCCAAGGUUGACGUGUUCGUCGCUCUCGCACCCGCGAUGGCUCCUCCUGGUCUUUCAUCUGGAAUCGUCAGCUCUCUCGUCAAAUCAAAUCCCGAAGUGCUGUACCUGGCCUUCGGACGACGCGCUAUCCUUGGCAGCACGACCAUGUGGCAAGCUCUACUUUACCCGGGAAUCUUUAGUUUUGUCAUCGACAAGAGUCUGAGCUUUCUCUUUGGAUGGAGAAUGGCCAACAUCGCACCCCAUCAGAAACUCGCGGCCUACCCUCACUUGUACUCGUUUACCAGCACGAAGAGUGUCGUCCAUUGGUUCCAAAUCAUCCGGAACGGCAAAUUCCAAAUGUUUGACGAUGAGGUCACGAGUCCGACGAGCUUCAGCACUGCAAGCAAAUACUACAAAGUGGCCAAGUUCCCAACAAGAAACAUCAAAACGCCCAUCGUGCUAGUCUAUGGAGGCAGCGAUAGCUUGGUGGACAUCAAGUUGAUGUUGAAGGAGCUACCAAGACAUACAAUUGCGAAGUGCGUACCCAAGUACGAGCACCUGGACUUGCUCUGGGCAAAUGAUGUCGACAAGCUCGUCUUUCCUCAUGUCCUUGAAGCGCUCGAAAGCUAUUCUCAGCCAUCGCAAACUAAGCGGGAGGCGCUAGGUUGGAAACCUACGAUGCGCCUCAGUCGGCAAAUCAUGUAUGAUUCCACAGACGGCGCAACACCGAAUGGCUCACAGCCACCUGGAUAUUCGGAGGACGAGCAAGCCGGGAGAUAUACGGCCACUGGCGUAUCACUCGACUACGAACGACCCUCGACUGCCGAAGAGCAACUUGAUGAAAGCGACGAUGAUGCAGACUGGGGAGACAACGAUACCGCUGACCAGCCUACCCUGGCACCGUCUCCGUUUGCUCACUCCUCCCGCCCGCCUCUCUCCAAUACCAGUUCCCUGACUACUGGCAUCCCAUCUUCUGUACGUGCUGCCUCGCGAUCCACACCCCAAACGACAUUGACCUUACAUCAGCGUAGAACGCAGCAGACCGAUACAGAACGCAGAGAUGA